UCGAUAAAAAAGGAUGGAGACAAGAAGUCAAAGAAAUAAAUAAAGAGGAGUGGGGAGAAACAGUACACACCUGGCAUUCAGACAAGGUAGAAGAAUAUUGAAGAAGCAUCUCGGAGAUAAAAAAAAUAAAAAAAUGUCGGUGGCGGCGAAAGGAAAGGUUUGCGUUACCGGUGCCGGAGGUUUUCUUGCUUCGUGGGUCGUCGAUCUCCUCCUCUCCAAGGAUUACUUCGUCCAUGGCACUGUCAGAGACCCUGAUAACGAAAAGUAUUCUCAUUUGAAGAAGCUGGAGAAAGCCGGUGACAAACUCAAGCUCGUCAAGGCUGAUUUGCUCGACUACCCCUCUCUUCAAUCUGCGAUUGCAGGUUGCAUCGGCGUCUUCCAUGUGGCAAGCCCUGUUCCAUCAUCUUCAGUCCCAAAUCCUGAGGUGGAAGUGAUGUCACCAGCUGUGGAUGGGACGUUGAAUGUGCUUAAAGCUUGUGUCGAAGCAAAUGUUAAGCGUGUUGUGUACGUUUCCUCUGCAGCUGCGCUUAUGAUGAACCCUAAUUGGUCAAAGGAUCGAGUUAUAGAUGAGUCUUGUUGGUCUGACCUGGAGUUUUGCAAAAGAACUGAGAAUUGGUAUUGUGCGUCAAAGACACAAGCAGAAAGUGAAGCUUUCGAGUUUGCAAAACGAACCGGGAUUAGUCUCGUCAGCAUUUGCCCUACCAUGGUCUUUGGACCUGUACUGCAGCAGCACACCGUGAACGCUAGUACUCUUGCUCUCGCCAAGCUUCUCAAAGAGGGUUUUGAGUCACGGGAGAACCAAGUGAGACUUAUUGUAGAUGUGCGUGAUGUGGCUCAAGCGUUACUUUUGGUUUAUGAGAAACCAGAAGCUGAAGGAAGAUACAUAUGUACAGCCCACAAGGCUAAAGAAAAGGAUGUUGUUGAGAAGCUCAAGAGUCUUUACCCUAAUUACAACUACCCAAAGAGCUACGUUGAAGUGGAAGAAAGGUCGACGAUGACUUCAGAGAAACUGCAGAAGUUGGGUUGGAGUUUCAGGCCGUUGGAGGAGACACUUGUGGAUUCGGUGGAGAGCUACAGGAAAGCUAAGAUUCUGGACUGAUUACUUGGAAAAAAUAGUAAAAGAGAGUUCUACUGGUUAUGUUCAUGGCUCCAUGUGUUAUCAAGUGUUCAAACCUGCGCAAACACACUCCCUCUGUCUUUCAAUCAUCAUUACUCAAUAAUGAGAGCUGUGCACAUUACUCAACAUUGUCUGUAAUAAAAUGUUUGUAUGUUUGUAUU